AUGGCUAAGACUUUUGCAGAAAAUCCCCAGCAGAAUGGUAAUGUGGAACAUGAGUGUGGUGGCGCAGCCUCGGCUCACUGUAGCCUCAACCUCCCAGGCUCAAGUGAUCCUCGCGCCUCAGCCUCCCAAGCAACUGGGACUACAGCAACAUGGAGAAGGCAUCAAGAACGUACUUCAUUCACCCGCGAACAGUAUCAAGAGCUAGAAGCUCUGUUUCGUGAGACCAUGUUCCCAGAUAGAAAUCGUCAGGAGAAACUAGCUUUGAAACUUGACCUACCAGAAUCAACAAUAAAGGUUUGGUUCAGGAACCGGCGAUUCAAACAGAAAAAGCAGCAGCAGCAGCAGCAGCAGCAACAGCAGCAGCAGCGACAGCAGCAGCAAUCAGCAAUGCUACCAAACCAGAUUCUUCAAUCCAAGAAGGAUGUGCCCACCUUCCUGAGAACAUCUAUCAUUUCUUAUGCUUUUUCUCCUGUGGUUUCAGAUUUCUACAGCUCCCUUCCACCUCAGCCCUUAGGCCCUUCCAAUUGGGCAUGGAACUCUACCUUCACUGAGAGUCUCACAAGUGAUUUCCAAAUGCAAGAUACUCAGUGGGAGAAGCUGGUAGCCUCAGUUCCUGCUUUGUACUCUGAUGCCUAUGACAUAUCCCAAGUCAUAGAACUGUAUGAUCUUCCUGAUGAGAAUGAGAUAACCAGCUCUUCUUUCCACUGUCUGUAUCAGUACCUCUCACCC